UUUGUCUUUCUUAUCUUGAUCCAAGUGUGCUAUAUGUGCUAUAUAACUGAAGUAAAGCGCAAACAGCCUUGAUAAAACUUCUUGUUCUUUUUCAAGGGCUUCAGGGCCUUGCAAGUCGCCACAGAGACCACGACGGAAGACACAACGCCGUCGUUGGAUUACAUGCAAGACAACGUGAUGGAAAGAUAUCCCACAGGACGCGAUCCCUCUGAUUCGGUGAGAUGCUCGCUGCGUGCGUGUGCGAGUGUCCGUUGGGACUUCAGCAAGAAAGGAACGAAAUUCGCGACAUUUGUAUAGUUGCUGCCAAUUAAAAGGUAAACUUAAACGUACGCGCAGGAUUACGAAACCACGACUGAAGGCGUCACUACCAGCAGACAACCAUCGUUCCCUCGUAAGGUCAUGGCCUUUGUUGAGAAAAUCAACUCAAAGCCGUCACUUCCUCAAAUAUUUCUCGUGACGAUAUUUAAGGUGCUGGUGCUGAUCAUGAUACAUCAGUACUGCGAUCAACCGCCGCCGCUAGUGGAAGACAGCAGCGACACCGAGUCUAGCAGCGCGUCGCGCGUGUCCACGUCGCAGAUCGCCGCCUGGAAGGCGGCGUACGCGCAGCGACGCUCGACGCUGAUCUCGAUACAGGAGCGAACGCUCGCUGAGGUGGAGGCCAGCUGCACCGGCGAGACGGCCCUCACGUCGCGUUCCGUCGUCGCUACCUCACCCACUAUUACAAAAACUGCCACAGAAGUGCGCCAUGGAUCGCCUAGCCCGAAGGAGUCUUCGAACACACAAAGGCGUGCUCAUGAACGCUCCCCGCCACGCCUGAGCUUAUCCCGCGAACAAAAAGGAUUGCCCGCGAACCUUGGUACCAAACACAAGACCGUCAAACCUGGCGAGCAGGCAGGCGACCGCAGCAAGUCGACGCCUUCUAGACCGGCAGCUCCGGGCCAAGGCGUCGGACCCGCGACCAAGAAACCCACGCUUUCGCACGCGACUGCGCCGAAGAAGAGCGGCGAGCACAGUGACGAGGAGAGAGAAGCGAGAAGGUCCGACAUCUCCAAGCGCACAGCCGACCAAGUGCCGACGGUGUCGGAAGAGCCGAACAUCUCUACCAAGGUCUUCCUCACGGCCGACGAAACGCUAACUUCAACACGCGCGUCUUGCAAAAGGUGUGUUGUUGAAGAGCUUGUCAUGUGA